AUGAGUGGAAAACGUUCGCGUAGCUUUAAGUGUGCUGUUCAUCAUCGUGAUCGUGAAGUUUGUUCUGAAAAUGAUUUUCAUUUAGUAUUGGAGGAGCCGCCGUUCUUUAAAAAAAUGGUUCAUGUUAUAGCGAUGGAAGUGUUGCCCGAAGAGCGUGAUCGAAAAUAUUACGCUGAUCGUUAUUCAUGUUGUCCACCGCCGUUUUUUAUAGUUCUUAUGACAUUCAUAGAGGUAAGCGAAUGGCACGUUCACUCGUUUAUGGAUAUCAUUACGAGCAUGAGGCGUGUAAUGAAUGCAUUUAUUAAAUAAUAAACGUUUGUAU